GUGGCGUCUAUGGUGCGCACUGGAUAAGCUGAUGUGUGUAUUUGAUGGGGCGGUAGGCGCUCUGCCCAGCGACGGAGCUGUUCUCUAUGGUCUCCGUUGACAGCCAGUGAGGGCGGAAGUGCGCAGUGUCCAUGGAGAUGGUGAAGAUGUCGGCUGCGGGGUAUUGUGGUGAGACCUCCAACGGCCUAUCUGUGACCACCAGCCUGUCGUGGCUGCCGGACAGCGUGCUCCUGGAGGUGCUCAGCUUCCUGUCAGUGCGGGAUCUCAUCCGUAGCGGCCGGCUGUGGGUUCUUCUGCCCAGAUGUGUUCCCUUGCCUGACUCUAAUGCAGCUUAACAGGAAAAGAAGUGUCUACAUCCUCUUGGGACCCAGGUGGAAGAGCCCACAGCCCGCGCGAAUACAGCAGAAUCGGCAGCAUCAGCAGUGCAAAGUAGAGGUCUGCAAAAGGUGGAAGAGGCUGGUGCUGGACAAGUCCUUAUGGAGAUAUGUCGAUCUGACUCCAUACAAGCUGAAUUCAAAGAUCUUGUGGCAUCUGUUGAGGCAUUGGAUUGGAACCAGCCUGCAAACCUUCAAACUAAAGGGUCUCUUAAAUUCAGUAAAGAAACAGGAGUUCCUUACUCCAGCUAUCCUUCAGGUCCUGGAAAAGCGUUACCCUAGCCUGGAGCACCUCCACCUCCAGGAAACAAACCUCCGCUCCCUUAGCUAUGACUGUUUACCAUCCACCUUGAAGACGCUCGAGCUGUCAGAAUGCGAGAUCCCUCUUACCUGGUUCAAAUCUUCCACCAGUAAAACCAAAGGUUUCCUAAAACUGGAGAAUCUCGUUCUGAACAAAGUGUCUUCUUUCUCCAACCAUCACUUGGAGACCAUUUGCAGUGAGUCGAGCCUAAAGACCCUCUGCCUGUGUGGCACCUACAGAGUUAAUGAUGUUGGGAUUCAAAAAGCUGUUCCUUACCUCAAAGGAUUAGAGCACUUCAAGUUGAAAGAAUGCAACAUAACCAAUAUCACCCUGCACUUAAUCGGCUGUCACUUGAAGAAUCUCCGGACCUUGGCUCUCCUAGGGUUUCGCGAUUUCACUGAUACAGGACUUCGGUGUCUAUCUGGUGUUAAGACGCUGGAGAAGCUGUGGUUGGACGACUGCUUCGGCUUCUCUUCCAGGACUAUCAUUGCUGUGUGUGUCAGCCUUCCUGUUCUAAAUUGUCUGGGCCUCAACGAGAUGUUUUUUGAAUGCCAAGGAAUAGAUAAAAUACGGAAAAGUCUCCCACACUGUACAGUUACCAAUGCUUUCUCCAAUAUGGAUAAUGUACCCAAAAAUUGCUCAACUGGCAUAGUUUAGAAGGUCUCGGAGCUUUGCUCCGGUCUUCUUUACUACCGGUGUAAUACAGGACAAUGGCGGUAGGUGCCUAUAGCUGCUUCUCUCCUCCAUCUUCUGUGCACAUAUUACUUUCUCUAUCAUGUAAGCCUUCCUGUAUGAGCUACAUACAGAAUAUAUAUUCUGAAAUGCUUCGUAUGGUAUAAUGGGAGUUUUAGAUGUUGGUCUAGGCCUUUCUUAUCUCACGAGUACCGUCUGUGUUGGAAACCCCUUAAAUUUUGUUCCUGGGACAACUUCUUUGGUCCCUGGGAAAAUUUUAGCCAGGCCAAGGAACCAGGAAGGACAUCAUGUAGAGCUGGGUUGAUACAACAUGGCUUAGGAGAGAUUGACUCAAAAGGAAAGCAACCAGCAUGGAACAGGAGUCUGGUCUGAGACUAUCCAUUUAGUAGUUACAGCUUAUUGGUACAAAUUAGUUUCCUGAGUCAUAAUACCUGGAAACAUCAAUAGUCGUUGCAGGCAUCUUCCACUUGAGCAGUAGUCACCGUACACCCUCUUUACCCCCAGUGUUUACAGCCGUCCCCUUAUUUCUCUAGUAGCCUCACCAGGACUCUCGCCAUCUGCGAUCUGCUGCCAUCUCCUGUAUGUAGGUUCCUGUAUUUGUGUCUUC